AUGCGGUUUUUGAAGUCCUUUGUCACUUUCUCGUCACUAUUUCUGGUGGCCUGCGCUGCACCCGCAACCCAGAAAGAUAGUGUCAUUAGCAGCAUCGCUAGAGUCUCCCAGGCUGUACAGGUAAACAAAGAUGCCAUUAACCACUAUCAGGGUGGUUCUCUCGCCGCUAUUCCUGUUGGCCGCAAAAACUAUGAUUGCUGGUAUGCCCUGAGAGAGGCACAUUCUAAGCUCACCGACACGAAAUUCACACCAAGCGAGUCCAAAGAGGUCGUCAAGCAGUUCUCCUCCCUGAAUCAAGAUUCUAUGGACUUGUUAGAUUUGUAUCGUGAGAAGGCACCAUUACUGAACCAGGCCAGUGUCAGCUUUUUGGUGCCAAUCAUGAUGCAAGCUUUAUUCCGAGAGGCGGACGACUACUCCGUCGCACUCCAAGCUCUUAUGCCUCAGAAGGAUAUUCCGGCCAUGAAGCAGAUAACUGUAGACCAUAAGGCUGCGUGGGAUGAGGCAUUUGCGGCUUACGACCCUACCCGAAAUACAGAGCCAGUGCAACAGUGGAGGUCCCUGAUCUCGGUUUUCUCGCCGGCUUUGACAUAUAUUCUCUGA